AUGGACCAACUUUUGGACUUGGAAACGCUCAAGAAGCUUACACCUGAGCAACAACAGCAAGUGAUUGCUGGAGUGAAACAGCAGGCCGCUAUUGCUAAUGCGCAAAAUCUCAUCACGGUUAGUGUUGCUUUUCUUCAUAUCAUAUGCUUUGUUGGUCAUUUUCAUUCUAUUUUUCAUCUCCGAUUUCUCAUCUCGCACUGUCUGAACUUAUAGUU